CCAGCCAUUUCUCCUACUCUCAAGAGUUGUCUCCGAGUCCCUGUUUAUCGUAAUGGUUUUGUCUCUUGAUUGCCUCCCAGAAGAGCUAUUACAACAAAUCCUUUAUUACUGCCAACCCCACUCCACGGCUGCACUAGAACAGACAGCUCGCCGGUUCCGUGGCGUCACAAAUGAACCGACAGUAUGGCGCUAUUAUUGUUUGACCAGGUUCAAGUUCUGGGCUCCUGGGCACGAAAUUUCCAGGAGACUGGUAGGCCCGAUAUCAGGUUCCAGUUGGAAACAGCUCUAUAUAGUGAAGCAUUCGAGCUACCGCGCAACUACACGUCUACUGGAUAGCAUCCUCUCCAGCCAGGCUGGAAGGAUUGAGAAGUUUCAAGCGAUAAUUGACCUUGGGUACGAUGCUAAAGAUGCCCUUCUACACAAUAUCUCUGCUGGGUCAAAUAUGGAUGACCAUUUGGCAAGGAGAUACUACGCUAGGGCAGUUCUGACCGGUCUACAUCGGAGUCUCGCCAUCCGUGAGUGGGCAAAGCUCAGGAAUGGAGACAAUGUAUCACUGAGUAGAGCGCUGGGAGCGUUCGACCUCUUCAUCCCUGAGAGUGGAUUCGGCAGUCUCGAUGAGAUAAUUGUCGAGCUCGAUGAUAUCAUGUCCUCGAUUAUCAAAAGUCACCCUGAUAUUCAUCUAUUGACAUGUCGUGAUAAGGCUAGAACCAUUGCAACAUUUCUGAGAACAAACAACUUUACUGGCAUCGAGCCAGGGAGAGGCUAUCAUCGCUUAGAGCAUAACUUCAUAGGUGUUUCGUUAAAUGAUCCUGCACACAACUCACUUCCAUUAAUUUCGGCUGCCAUUUAUUGCCACGUUGCACGGGGACUAGGCCUUGACGCCCGGCCAUGCGGAUUCCCUUUCCACGUCCAUGUAAUAGUCGUGCCUCCUAUCGGAUUUGAUGUCGAUGGUCAUGAACUUGAAGCUGGAACACAAGGACAUCCGAUUUAUAUGGAUCCGUUUCGAUCAGACAAAGAAACCCCGAUCGCAGAUCUACAAAAUCAAUUGAACUUCUUGGGAGCAUCCACCGCUGAGCAAUCGACGUUUCUCGGGGAGUCCCAAGUACCGGAGAUUGUACUUCGAUGCGCUAAGAACAUACUAAAUUCCCUCCAGCGCGGUAGCAACUUCCUUGGCGUGCGAUCAGCUUCGGUUGACUUGGUCAGUGCAAAAUAUGCCGCAGUUUGGUCAUCUAUGCUGCUUUCCGACCCUGCUCGGCCAAUCGAGCUAAAGCAUAGCCUUACGUGUUUGAUGGAGCUCCUAGCCAUGGAAUUUCCGUCGGAUGUAAAUUUGGUUCAGCGGUUCAUUACUCCUCUUUUCUACGGUAUGGCUGAGUAUGACAAUAUCUUGGAAAGUCUUCAUGUCAUGCGGGCUGUAGACGGGAUUCCAAGGGAGGUCAAAGAGCGCUCUCCUCGGCAUGGUACCGUCAAAUAUAAAAUUGGUCAAGUCUUCAUGCAUCGUCGAUAUGCAUACAGAGCUAUCAUCACGGGGUGGGAUGUGGAAUGUGGUGCGGGCGAACAGUGGAUGAGAAGAAUGGGCGUGGACCGUCUUCAGGACGGUCGUCACCAGAGCUUUUAUCAUGUCCUUGUUGAGGAUAAAAGUUUUCGGUAUGUGGCAGAGGAGAACAUUGAGCCUUUUGUCACUGAUAUAACAGAUCUUCCGCACAGCCUAGUUGCUACUGCAGGAAAACACUUCAAGAGGUGGGACGUUGAUCGCAGAGUUUUUGUCAGCAAUAUAAGGGAUGAGUAUCCAAAUGAUUAACAGGGACGCUAUAGGAAUUCCGGAACUUGUAUAAUUAUGAGACUUGUUAUGUAUUCGUGGUACUAUGGGCUUUUAAGCUGGUAUAGGCAAGGUAGUC